ACUGACCAAGGUCCGUCUGAAAAGUCGACGUUAUACCGAUGCUCUACCUUGAUAUAGUGGUCAGUACAUCAAGAAACCGGUAUUCUUUGUCGUUGAACGGUCAUGAGAGCCUCGAGCACAGUGGCCGGACAUUGGCCUCAUCGUGUACCGAUAUACACGGAACGCGAGCACGUACGAGAAUCGAUGUAAAAUAAUUCUGAUUUAAAUAUUAAAACAUUAAACGUUCCUCGAAAUUUAACACGGGAACGAUACAGACGGAUAAAGAAUAGCAAAAAGGACAAAAAGACAGGCCCAGAUCUUUACAAACUUCACCCACAAAAUCAAGCUCUGGGAAAUUAUUUGGAGAUGUAUUCAAUAGUGGUUCAUCAUCAAUUCAGACACCAACAGGUGCAUUGUACAGUCUUGAGGAGGAACAAGAAGAUGAAAUUCUUAAUGGUAAAACGAAAGAAACAUGCUCGUUCAAUUCUCAGCUUUCUAAGACACUUCCACAGAUACUUGCAGACAAAGGUGCUCUAGGUUAUUUCAUUCAAUUUAUGGAAACACAGAACUGCAUUGCACUUAUAAAGUUUUGGUUGGAAGUAGAAUGUUUGUGCAGUUCAUUUAAUGUAUUAAAAGCAAAAAUGGAAAAUAUUGAAUGUUUAAAUUGUAUAAAAAAUUCAAAUAAUAUUGCCAAUUCGAUAGACAACAAUAAAAAUUUUCAGUGUGAUAUGACACAGAAUAAUAUAAAUAAUUUUGAGAAUAAGAAUCUACUAUUUAAUGAACAUGUAAAUACUGAAAUAAAUAAUAUGAAAUCAAAUUGCAAUGAUAUGCCAAAGACUAGUCAAACAAUAAGCAACAUACGACAAUCAAAUCACGAUUGUAGAAGGAAAGAUAUGACCAUCAGACAAGAUGCAUUAAGAAUUCAUAAAAGAUAUAUUAUUAAGGAUACUUUGGGUACAAAUAAAAUCCCUGAAGAUUUGAAAAAAAAAAUGGAAGAAGUUCUUACUUUAGAAAAUAUUGAGCCUAUGUUACAGUGCCUAUCAGCUGUUCAGAAGAUUAUAUAUCAAAUAUUAGAAACUGAAUACAUUAAUGACUUCUUACGAAGUGAAUUUCAUUGCAAACAUCAGAUUGAUGUUCUUACAAGUGGCAAUGUACAAUUAGCAGAUAUAUUGUAUAAUGAAACUGCAUUUUUUUACUUUAUGGAAUUUAUGGAAGUUGAAAACAAACGUGAAUUAUUAGAUUUCUGGAUGUCAGCUAUAAGUUAUAAACAAAAUUUAUUAGAAAAGAAGAAUGGUAUAGAUCCAGAGGAGGCACAAACUGAUGCUCUAAUUAUUUAUGACAAGUAUUUUAGUUUACAAGCAACGAUGCCUCUUGGUUUUAGCGAUAAAAUUCGUUUCCAAGUUGAGCAGAAUAUUUGUCGCGAAGAUGGAGAGGGACCACAACCCGAUUGUUUUGAUAAACCUUGUAAAAUUGUAUAUAAUUUUUUGAAUAAGUAUUAUCUACCUACUUUCUUAUCAUCUCAGUUAUAUUACAAAUAUUUAUCAGAAUUGAUUAGUGCUAUACAAAGCAGUCCAUGUUCAAAUUUACAUCCUAGAUUAAAAAGAGCAGGUUCUGAUUGUAGUAGUGAAGUCAGUUCUGUUAGUAUUAAUAUGCAAAAUACCCUGCAGGCAGGGAAUGAUGGAAAUAGAUUAAAUAAUAACAAAAGAAAUAUUACCAAUAGCAUGAACAUUGAUACUAGACAACUUUAUGAUCCAGAUUCUUUAUGGAAACGUAAUAAAUAUAGUUUGAGCGUCGGUUAUAUUGAUGAUUUAGGAAGAUUCAUUACUGAAAUAGAGCCCGAUCCUCAAAGAAAAUAUGAAUCUCGAUUAACACGUGCUGUAAAAAGAUUUGUAAAUAUGGAGCAAGAUAAGGCCAAAGAAGAGUUAGCAUGGAAGAUUGCUGAAAUGAUCAUUCGUGAGAUCACUUCUUUGACUCUAGGAGCUUCAAAUUUUUCAUCUUGAUAACAAACACUAUAUCAAUAUCAAUAUCAAUUUUUUUUUUCUUUUUGCGUAAUAUACUUUGUAUUUUUAAGUACUUUAAGCUGAAUAUUUUGUUUAAUACUGUACGAUUUUUUUAAUUUUUUAUAAAAUGAACCGCGAAUUCC